AUGCAUAAAAUUACUGGGUUGCUACCUGAAGACGGGCCACGCUCCAAUUAUGGGCCUUGUCCCAAUGAAAGGCUGUUGCCUAAGCAUGGGUCUCGUCCCAAAAAACAACCAAAAACCACUAUGUGUGAAUUAUUGUAUUAUUUCACGUUUUCUACAGACACUGACAAUGCAUUUUAUGUAGAACGUUUGCAAAAGUUCUCAACAUCAUCAAUUUUAGCAGCCAAAACUGCAGCUCUUCAGAUAAAUUUUGUUUCGUUAUCAUCAUUAACAGCUUUGAGCAAGUCCUUGUCCCAUUGCAGUUCCUUUUUUUUUACUUCAAGGUCCAGCUUAAAUUUGAAUAACAAGUUCAAUAGUACUAAUGUAGACUCUCUUAUUUUCAAUAGUACCAAAUGUAUUGACUUGUAUACAGAAUAUGUUGAUCUGAACACCGAAUGUUUUAAUUUUAAUGCUAUAUGUAUUGAUUCCAAAUACAAAUUAAAUUUCCGCAAAAGUAUUAAUAGAAAUAUCAACAACUCCACGAAUUCUGCCUUAUCUCGCCCAAAAAAAGAUACAUUCAAGGAUUUACAGCACAGGAUAAAUUACUGUGAACUUAACCUUAGUGGUGAUAUUGAAGUUAAUCCUGGUCCUGCUUUUGUUGAUCCUGCAAAAACUAUUCAUGCUCCUUAUUGCCAAGGUGACGUUAGUGUAUUUGGCGAAAAUGCAGGUCGGCAAUGUGUGGCUAUGAGUUUAUGUUCCUUAAUAUAUACGCACAGCAAUGGAUCAAUACCUGAUUCGACAGCUUUAAUAAACAUUAUGAAGUUCGGCGAUGAACUAUACUCGAUAUUGUCUAGCUUAUCAAAACAGCGUUAUUUAUUACUUACAGAACUGCCCACAAUGCUUACACUUGGCGAUACCAACUAUUCGCUUGAGCUUAGUGAGAGUUACAGUGGUAACCUUCAUUUAGAUGCUGUUAAUGAAAACAUUCCAUUUGUGAUGCCAAUAAAUGCAGCUUUAGAACAGUUAGGCCAAGAACAAUUUAAUUCAUUUCUUUUAACUAUCGAGCUCAACACUGUGGCCAUCUUUAUUGAGAAUAAUAAUUUAUUUAAGGUAUUUGAUUCGCAUGCAAGAGACUUGUAUGGUAUGCCCCACCCUUGUGGUUCAUGUGUGCUGUUAAAGUUUGAUUCUAUUUGGAAAUUGACAGAAUAUUUUAAGUUUUUGUACGCACCUGGUGCUAUAUUUGAACUUAAAGUAGUUAAAAUUAUAAAUAUUGAGUGCAAUGAACAGUUACAAAAUGUAAAUUCAAAUGAAGUCAUUACAGAUGCAACCACAAUUAGUAAUGACACAAGUUUGAACUGCACUUCAGCAGCUGCAGACGACAUAUCAAGCCAUAUUUGUACUCUCUAUACUCAGGAAUGUUCAGUUUACAUUUAUGCUAUUUGCUUUUCUACAAUUAUGACAUGUAGUUAUUGA